AGGAGACCGCCUCACCGAACCCAUGCUCAAGGCGGCAGGGACUGACAUCUCGCACUGGUUCGAGGCCAAGACCGGACAGCCGCGGGCAGAGCUCGACGAGGCGCUCAACUUGCCGGUCCCCUAUGCGCCGCAGGGCCGGUAUCUACAUCUGCCGCCCAACGGACCAGCGGCAAAGUGGGACAAUGACUUUGGCUUGCCGUGGUGGAUGGAUCCGUCGCGGUGCAUCGGUCUGCUCUCGGCCAAGACUCGCUACAUCCGCAUCACAAACACUCUCACUGGGCAGGAGGACGUGCUCGAGGUCUGUGCCGAGGAGACGCUCGCAGAGAUUCUGGAGCGGUACGUAGACUUUAAUGCCCACGCCAGCUCGUACACAUGGAAGCGGCUGGGGCGCGUCCUCGACAUGGACCUCACCCUCGAAGAGAACGGUAUCGACGACGAGGAGGAAGUGUACUAUGACCUCUCGCUCCCCGAUUCGUACUACUAUCCGGCCAUCUAUCUCUACUUUAACGAUGACCUUACCGAGGCUUGAUGCCGAGUUGGACGCGGAGAUUGCGCUCCGCGAAAGUAAAAGACUUACUUACCCGCA